GAGAACCGCAGCCUGACGCUGAAGCUGCGCAAGCGGAAGCCCGACAAGAAGGUCGAGUGGACGAGCGACACCGUGGACAAUGAGCACCUGGGGCGACGCUCCUCCAAGUGCUGCUGCAUCUACGAGAAGCCGCGAGCGUUCGGCGAGAGCUCGACGGAGAGCGAGGAAGAGGAGGAUGAGGAGGAAGAGGAGAGGAGGAGGAGGAGGAGGGGAGGGGGCCCGGGGGGGGCUGAAGGCUGUGGCCACCUCCACUGUGUGAGGGGCCACAAGAGGGGGAGGGGGGGGCAGCGGGGGGGGGGCAGAGGAAGAGGAGGAGGAAGGAGAGACCCCAGGCAGGGGGGAGGAAGGGGGGGGACCCCCAACCCCGAUGGAGCAUUGAAGGGACCCUCCCAAACCCCUCCCCCACCCCCCCAAAUCUCAGAGCAUCGCCCCCCCCCACCCCAAAAUCCACCCCCUUCACCCCAAAAUCACUUCAAGGGGUGACACCCCCCCCCAAAAAACGAUGCCUGAGCCCCCUCCCCGUCACACCCUGAGCCUCCCCCACCCCAAACUCACUGCCUGAGCCCCCCCCCCAAAAUAUCCCCCCCCAGCACUGCCUGAGCCCCUCCCCCACCUCUGUUUGGGGGGGGGGGCCAUUUUUGGGGUGCCCCCCCCCCGUGGGCAUUAAAGGUGGCACCUGA